CAUAAUUCACAAACUCACCAGUAAUAGUAACAAUGUUAUUUUAUCUAAAUACCUCAAGAACAUAUAAUUUGAACAAAUCAAAUAUCAUAAAUACAAAUUCAACAUCAUCUUCAUGUGCUUCCAACUUUUGAAUCACAACCACUCAUAUUCAUAUCAUGGCGAUCUCUUCAAUCCGAUGCCUCUUAUUUAUCACCAAAAAAAAAACUACUUGAGUUCCGGAGUAGAUCAUGCCGAAUGUCACUGGGCAUGAUGUUUACGUAAUUUUGGCAACAGGCCCAGUCAAGAAGAGUCAUUGAUUUUUAUGACAACAAUUCACAUAACACAAACCAUGUAGACAACAGGGAGAAAAUAACUAAAAGGGAUAGCAGAAAAGAAGCCGUUCAAACAAUGCAGCCAUACUACUUCCUUGGAUACUCAGCUCAAAACUCACAACUCAGCUUGUUCCAAAGUUUCUUGUUUUACUUCCACAAGGUUGAACUCACAGCUGUCCUUGAAUCCCAAGGGAAUAUCUACAAAUCCCCCUUAACAGUUACUAUAUCACUCUUCUUGCCAUGUUCUGCUCAAUCUCAUUCACCCCAUUGCGCUAUGAGAUCCUCCAAUUUCUUCACUUUCCUUCUUGUUAUGGCCCUUCUGGUCCCACACGAACGCACCGCCGCGGAGGAUGACUCAAGUGGCUUCCGUGGAUACGAGAGAGAUGCUCUUUUGGCUCUCAAGGAGGGCUUCAAUAGCUCGUUCCUUAAUCGGAAUUGGACCGGCAUCAUGUGUUACAUGAAUGAAGCACCUUAUUGGCAUGGCAUCCAAUGCGUCAACGGCAGAGUUACUGGCAUAAUCUUGGAGAGCAUGGGGAUCAGUGGAGAAAUCAAGACAGAUGCAUUAGCCAAUCUUACUGAAUUAUCACUUCUCAGCUUCAAGAACAAUUCAGUAUCUGGGAAUCUGAUGGACUUUGCUAAUAAUCCCAAGUUGAGAAAGAUCGACUUAUCUGACAACAAAUUUCAGGACCAGAUCCCAUCAUCUCUUCUCUAUCUUCAUUCCCUUGAAUCACUCCUGCUUCAGGAGAACAAUUUAACAGGUCCAAUUCCAGGAUUCAACCAAUCCAGUUUAAAAACAUUUAAUGUGUCUCAAAACAAUCUAUCAGGGCCAAUACCAGAAACCAAAACCCUUCAAUCUUUUGGCCUUUCUUCUUAUCUUGGUAACGAAAAGCUAUGUGGUCCUCCAACUCGAUCAUUGUGCAAUACCACAAUUGCUUUAUCUCAAUCCAAAAGUGAAAACUUGGGCAUCAAAAGCGACGGUCCACCCUUCGGAACCAUUCUAGUGGUGGUUAAUGUGAUUGUGCUGGUAGUACUUAUGUUCCUCUUCAUCAUAUACUACAAGAAAUACAAGAAGCUCAAAGCAGAGAUGAAGGCCAAAAACCUCUUGCCUAAAGAUGAAGAGCACGACAGCACAAUCGUGGACCGAGCCAUGGAAAAGAGAAACCGCGAAAUCGAAAUGGGAAAGCUCAUUUUCGUGGAGAACAACGGACCAAGAUUCGAGCUAGACGAUCUGUUGAAAGCAUCGGCUGAAGGAUUAGGCCACGGAAACUUUGGGAAUUGCUACAAGGCCAUGCUGGACGUUGGGCCAGUUGUGGUUGUGAAACGCCUAAAGGACUUGAAGCCUUUGAGCAGUGAAGAAUUUACGAGACAAAUCAGAGCGAUUGCUGAUCAGAAGCACCCAAAUUUAAUGCCUCUUCUUGGCUAUUUCUACUCCAAGGAUGAGAAGCUCUUCCUGUACAGAUUUGCAGCCCAUGGAAAUAUCUACAAUCGACUGCACGGAGGAAGAGGAACACGGAACAGAGUCCCCUUCCGGUGGAGCUCGCGGCUCGCCGUCGCUCGCGGCGUGGCAAGAGCCCUGGAGCACCUACACCUCAGCACCCGAUCACAAACCACCGCUCCCCACGGCAACCUCAAAUCCUCCAAUGUUCUCCUAGACGAGAACGACGAAGUCCUUGUCACCGACUACGGCCUAUCCUCCCUCAUCGCUCUCCCCAUCGCCGCCCAGCGCAUGGUCUCCUUCAAAACCCCCGAGUACCAAUCCCACAAAAGAAUCUCGAAAAAAUCCGACGUCUGGAGCUACGGCAGCCUGCUUCUCGAGCUUUUGACGGGGAGAAUUCCGGCGCAUUCCGCACCGCCUGGAACCAACGGCGUGGACCUCAGUGGAUGGGUCCACCGCGCGGUGAGAGAGGAGUGGACGGCGGAGAUAUUUGAUCCUGAAAUCGCGGUGCAGAGGGGGGCGAACCAGGGGAUGCUGAGGCUGAUGAAGAUCGCGAUGAGAUGCUGCGAGAAGUCACCGGAGAAGCGGCCGGAGAUUAGCCAGGUGGUGGCGGAGGUGGAGGAGGUGAAGGUUGCGGUUGAUUCAGAGGACGAGGAGUUCUCGUAUUCGUCGUUGGAUCCAUCAGUGACGGAUGAAUCGUUAUCUGCGACGGCGUCAGCGGCAAUUGCAGAUGAUCGGAGAUGAUUUUUGAAGGUCUAAUAUAUGGCGGGAGCAUAAUUCCAUUUUGGUCCCUCGUCUUUGCCACUAAUUUAAUUUCAGUCCUUUUAGUUUAACUCUCAUUAAAUUUAAUUUCUCAUGCUUUUAUUUGUAUUAAAAAAAUAAUUAUAGUCCUUUAAAUUUUGUUUACUACUAA